UUGUUAGGUUUCCUUGUGUGUAGUUCACGGGGAGAGAACGCGCUGUGAAAGAUGGAUACGCUCUUUUUUAGCCCGACGGAUAGGCAUUUAAUUUAGGGAACACCCGAUGCCGCUGCUGGACAGAAGUAAUGGGCAGAUUUUGGACCGCGCCGGACUCGUUAUUGGUUUCCUGGGAGUAGAAGAGGCCUGUGUUCGAUGCUUGAAAACAGAAACAACCGCACAGUUCUGCAGCAAACACACAAACAGUGAUUUCUUUCCCCUCCAAGGCGUGCAUUGCCAGAUUACAAACACACAUCUGUGAAUAUACUGACACGCGCGUAAAACCGACAGAACUAUGGAGCACACCGGGAUCGAGGAGGUGAACCAGACGCACCAGCAGCAGCAUGAGCCCAUCAGCUUCGGGAUCGACCAGAUCCUGAACAGCUCGGACCAGUCCAGCGGCUGCAUGCUGCCCAACCGGACCAACGGCGACCCGGAUUACGCGCUGGCCCCCAACGUCUACAGCAACGGGUACAACAGCGUCUACAACCCGGCCUGCUCCAUGGCGGCGGCGGCGGGUCUGGCCGGCUCCUACAACGUCAACAUGAACAUGAACGUCAGCAUGAACAUGAACAUGAACGUUAACGUGAACUCGGGCGGUGGCGCCGGCGGGGUGAUCCGGGUGCCGGCGCACAGACCCAUGCCGCCGCCGCCGCCCUCCGUCGCCGCCGCGCCGCAUCCGCCCCCCUCAGGGCAUCCACCGGGCAUCGGACCCGGCAUCCCCUCGGUGCCCGGGAUGGGGAUGGGGAAUGCGGCCAACUUCACCUUCCCGUGGAUGGAGAGCAGCAGGAGGUUCGCCAAGGACAGACUAACAGGGGAGCAGGCAGAGGAGAGCCGAAUUGGAGAGGCCACAGGGGGGCCGGGGGUCGGGUCCCUCUGUCAUCUCCCCAAGGGAGACAUCGGCAGGGUCCCUGUCUGGAGCACUGUGGAGACGUUAGCUAAAUGCUAUUACCCCGAGCUCGCUCACCUGCGAGACGGCAGUGGCCUCCUAGCAGACUAUCCUUUCCCAAAGGGGGCUUGCCCAGCUGCCCUCUCGCCUUUCUCCGUGACCCGUCGUAUCGGCCACCCUUACCAGAACCGGACGCCGCCCAAGAGGAAAAAGCCUCGCACCUCCUUCAGCCGGGUGCAGAUCUGCGAGCUGGAGAAACGCUUCCACCGCCAGAAGUACCUGGCGUCGGCCGAGCGCGCCACCUUGGCCAAGGCCCUGAAGAUGACAGACGCACAAGUCAAGACCUGGUUUCAGAACAGACGGACAAAAUGGCGGAGACAGACUGCAGAGGAGCGAGAGGCAGAACGGCAGCAGGCCAACCGGCUGAUGCUGCAGCUUCAGCAGGAAGCCUUCCAGAAGACGUUGAGCCAGCCUCUGCAGCCGGACCCACUCUGCCUGCACAACUCCUCGCUCUACGCCCUGCAGAACCUGCAGCCCUGGGCAGAUGACAAUAAGGUGACCUCCCUCACCUCCGUGGCAUCUGUAGUGUGAGCGUGUGUGUGUGUCUGUGUUUGUGUGUGUGUGUGUGUGUGUGUGUAGGACACAGAGAAAAAGAGAGAGGGGAAAGAAGCAGGGAAUGAAAUGUCUGUAUCAAGUUGACAGCAGUAAGAAUGGACAAAAUAGCACAGCAGCAUUAUGGGAUUGUUAUAGAUACAGGAAAGUAUUUGAAUGGACGUCGUGCUUCCUCAGUCAUUGAUCGUUACCAGCAACAUGGUGUAGAGAGAGGGAGAGAGAGAGAGAGAGAGAGAGAGAGAGAGAGAGAGAGAGAGAGAGACAGAGAGAGAGAGAGAGAGAGAGCAGCUAUCUGUUUCUGCCCAGAGCUACAAAACACUGUCUGUGGACUUCACAGCUCCGCAGCCGCACUGGCAUCGCUGGUUGUCACAGAUUAAACAGCUGUUACCUUAACUUUCUAAAAUGUGUUGAGUCAUUCUCCUGCCUUACACCAAG